AUGGCCGGCCACAAAACGGGACCCUACCGUCUGACUUUCUUCAAAGACCGGACGGCGCCAGGUGAGCAGAACAAGACUGUCGUGUCGACGCCGGCGACGCAGUUCAUCGGAAGGAAUCUUCGGAAGAUAGCAGUUCAUCGGAAGAAUCUUCGGAAGAUAGCAGUUCAUCGGAAGAAUCUUCGGAAGAUAGCAGUUCAUUCGGAAGAAUCGUCGGAAGAAUCUGAAGGGGAAAAAACAGGUGUUUCGUCCGCUGAUUCGUCGGAUGAAUCCUCUGAAGAGUCUUCAAAAGAGAACGGUGGAUCCGAAGAAGAAGAAGCAUCUGAAGAGGAAGAGGAGGAAGAAGAGGAUGAUGAGGAAGAGGAGGAAGAGGAUGAGGAGGAAGAAGAGGAUGAAGAGGAAGAAGAGGAUGAAGAGGAAGAGGAGGAUGAAGAGGAAGAGGAGGAAGAAGAGGAUGAAGAGGAAGAGGAGGAUGAAGAGGAAGAGGAGGAAGAAGAGGAAGAAGAAGAAGAAAAAGAUAAAGAAGAAGGUGAAGAAGAAAAAGAAAAAGAUAAAGAAGAAGGU